AAAAGACACACAACAAUGGGAAAAUUCAUUUUCUUAUUCCUUCUUUUUACUCUGUUUUUGUCCAAUUUUGUUGCUUCAAGCCUUGGAAAGAAGCAAACUGAUGUUCUUGGUGAAUUUUACAAGGCCAAACAAAAGAAGAAUUCAGCUUUUGAGAAGAAUUAUUUUAAGGCGGAAGCCGUUGAGAAUGUAGAAUUAGACAAAGUUAUUAUUCCACAGGAGGGAUCAAAAGAAAAAGAUUGGAUCAAUAAAUUGCCUGGACAACCACCAGUGAAGUUUCAACAAUAUGGUGGUUAUGUUAUUGUCAAUGAAUCUUCUGGUCGUGCUUUGUUUUAUUACUUUACUGAAGCUGAAAAUUCUAAGUCAUUGCCUUUGCUCCUUUGGCUCAAUGGAGGUCCUGGUUGUUCUUCUAUGGCAUAUGGGGCCAUGGAGGAACUUGGACCAUUUAGAGUUAACAGUGAUGGGAAAACAUUACACAGGAAUCGUUAUGCGUGGAACCGUGCUGCCAAUGUGUUGUUCUUGGAGUCUCCUGCUGGAGUAGGAUUUUCAUAUACAAAUACAAGCAGUGACCUCAAUACAACUGGAGAUAGUCGAACUGCUAAUGAUAACGUUGUAUUUUUACUCAAUUGGCUCGAGAGAUUUCCAGAGUACAAGAACAGAGAUUUUUACAUUUCGGGUGAGAGUUAUGCCGGGCAUUAUGUACCUCAAUUGGCACAUGCAAUUCUUAAGCAUAACAAGCUAGCGAACAAGACUCUUAUCAAUCUUAAAGGAAUAAUUAUUGGGAAUGCAGUGAUCAAUGAUGAAACAGACACCAUAGGAAUGUAUGAGUACUUUGCAUCUCAUGCCCUAAUUUCAGAUGAAACUUACCUUGACAUCCAGAAAUAUUGUUACGAGGAUAACUACAAUGAGGGAAAGUGCAAUAGUGCAGUUACAACCACAAACAACAAUCUCAACAAUCUUGACAUAUACAACAUUUAUUAUCCGCUGUGUAAGGAUGGAAAUCUCACGAAAUACCCCAAAACACCGUCACCAUUGCAGAUUGACCCCUGCUCAGAUAAUUACAUUUAUGCUUACCUGAACAGGCGGGAUGUUCAAGAUGCACUCCAUGCCAAUGUUACGCACAUCAAAUAUGACUGGGAAUCUUGCAGCGAUUCACUCUUUUACAAUUGGAAAGACAGCCCGGUGACCAUAAUUCCUCUCCUCAAAGAGUCUUUGGCAAACGGUGUUCGUGUGUGGGUUUUUAGUGGUGAUACAGAUGGAAGAGUGCCUGUAACUUCUUCAAAGAGAUCUAUACAAGCAAUGAAUCUUACAGUUGAUCAACCUUGGCGCUCUUGGUUGAAUGGAGGAGAGGUUGGUGGAUAUGUUGAGACAUAUAAAGGAGGUCUAACAUUUGCAACAGUAAGAGGCGCGGGACAUGAAGUUCCAAGUUACCAACCUGCUAGAGCCCUUUCCCUCAUUUCUCACUUCCUUUCUGGCACGUUACCCCCUGGAGAUCAUUAA